AUGUUGUUUGAAAGUUAUGAAGAGCUUGAGGAGUGUUUUACAUUAUUUGAUAGGAACCACAAUGGGUACCUAGACAUCCAAGAAUUGAGUAAUGCUUUACGUGCUAUGGGACUAGAUAAAUCGCAAAGCCAAGUUGAAAAACUUUUGCAGUCAGUAGACCUGCAUCAUAGAAACGAAAUAAAUAUAGAAGAAUUCAGCCGACUUUGUGGAGUGACUAAGCCACGACCUAAAAUAACUAAGCAGCAGCUGAUGAGGCGAAUCGCGAAGUUUGAUAAAGACAAGAAUGGCUUUAUCGAAGCAGGAGAACUUAGAAAUCUUUUAAGGUUCAAUGGCGAUUCUGUAGAUGAGGAGCAUGUUGAGAAGAUUUUAAAGGAUUUUGACACAAAUGGAGAUGGAAAACUUAGCAUUGAAGAGUUGGCGGUAGGGCUUCUAAGAAGAGUAAAUAAUAAUUAA